CGGUGAUCGAUGCAAGGCUGAGACGAUCAACAAGGCGUUUAUUGCUCAAUAGUGUCCACCACAUAUAUAUCUCGACUUUCACCUACUCUCGAAUUUCAUGCAUCUAUGAACGGGUAGUAAUAUUCUUGCCCAAAAAUGUCCUCCACCACCAAGGACCUGCAAUCCCGCUCCGUCGACGUCGAGCAGCAGUGCGCAGUCACUCUGCCGGACGGCGCUCGGUGCGCUCGGUCGUUGACCUCUCCAGACCCGUCAGAAGAACAAGGCUCCUCCGCAGAGGAAGUAUCGUCCACCGAAUCCACCCAGCUCGUCUCGAGAAUCCUCCAGUGGCUCGCACAUUCCACCCGAACGCUCUAUAUCGAAGAACUCGCAGAGCUAGUCGUCAUCUCAGAAACUGGUACCGACGUUGAUAAACGCCUCGCCGACCCACGCGCCAUCCUCGCCAUAUGUCCGGGUACCCUCGUAACAACCACACCACCAGUACCCAGUAAUCCGGACCCCCAAGACGACUUCAAACCGAACCAGCACCAAGUCCACUUCACAAACUCCUCAAUAAAACAAUACCUCCAAUCCCCCGAGAUCCAAACCACCGCAGAAAAACAACUCGCAAUAACAGAAUCCACAUCCCAAGCCACCAUCGCGAAAGACAGUCUAACCUACCUACUCCAAUUCACAGAACCGUACACCACAACCCCGAGCAAAAUCAAAACCUCGUACCUACUAAGCUACGCAACAAACUACUGGGCCGUGCAUGCCCGCUUAGCCCGUCCAGAAACAGACCCAGAACUAACGGCGCUAGUCCUCCGCUUCCUCAACUCAGGAACAGCAUACCUAAACUGGACAGCUUUUCUGGAUGGAUACGAACCUUUUUCUGGAACCGAUGGGUCCGGUCUGAUCCGCCACCCACAUCCAAUCUACUACGCUGCGUCAUUUGGCCUAACCAACAUCGUUGCAGCGCUCCUUGACACCGGUGCUCCCCUAGAUAGUAGGGGACCAAGCGGGAGCGCGCUGGCCGCCGCGUCCUUGGCGGGACAUCUGGAUACUGUCAAGGUGCUUGUCGAUUCCGGGGCGGAUGUGAACCUGGCGGGACCUUUCGGGACGCCGCUUGUUUUGGCGUCGGGGAGUGGGUUUGUGAGCGUUGUGCGGUUUUUGGUGGAGAGGGGGGCCAAUGUUGAGGCGAGGGGCGAGUGGAGUGAGACGGCUGUGGUGGAAGCGAGGAAGAAUGGGUUUGAGGAUGUUGUUGGGGUGAUUAUGGGGAGGUAGGCCUGUCUUGUCUUCGCCUUCUUGCCUGUCAGGUUGGAGGUUGGUUUGGUUGGAGGUGCGUUUGUGAUUUGUUUAAUGUAAGAUGGGCUGGUGAACGGGUCUCAAGUGAGAUAUCCUGUUUCAUAUGCAUGAUACCU